GGUUCACUCAGUUCCGACAAGGGCUGGAGAGUGGGGAGUCCCAAACCGGCCCUUCGCAGAAACCCUAGCAGAGAUGAACCUCACUGCACCAUCCUAAACCCCGCCUUCCUCAGACUCCUUCCAUUUCCAUGGGCGACCGCGACCGAGCACGCGAUUGGGAUCGGGAUCGCGACCGCGAGAGAGACCGCGAACGUGAUCGAGAGCGAAGACGAGACAAGGACGGCGACCGCGACCGUGACCUCCGUGAGCGUGACCGCGACCGAGACCGAGACCGAGACCGCGACCGCGAGCGUCGUGGCAAGCGCUCGCGCACGCCCGAGCACGCCAGAUCCCGCCACGCGCGUUCCCGGACGCGGUCACCCGACAGGUACAGCUCGCGCACUCCGGAGGACCGGGCCCACCGCCGCCACCGCAACAGAGGCAGCCCCUCGCCGGAGCCCGCGAGGAAGCGCCACCGCCUGGAGCCGUCCGAGAGGGACGACAAGGACCGGGAGAGGGCGGUGUCGGACUUUGUCGAUGGAAUCGUGAAGGAGCAGCAGAGCAAGAAGGACAAGGAUGGGGUCGGCGGAGGGGCGGAGGGGGAAGCGGGGGACGAUGAGGUUGAGAUGAUGAAGAAGUUAGGGAUUCCUGUUGGGUUCGAUUCGACGAAGGGGAAGCCGGUGCCGGGAGCGGACGUGAGCGGCGUUAGGGCUGUGACGAAACGGCAGCCGAGACAGUACAUGAACAGGAGAGGAGGGUUCAAUCGGCCGUUGCCGAUGGAAAGGAACAGAUAGCUCGAUUUAGACGAAUUCAAGUAUUCUCAGGGAGUGAACUGCCUUCUCAGGUCAUUCUGAAGGACUCUACAUGAGUAGAAUUCAUCGGCAGCAUUAUACUUGAAACCCUUCGAGUUUACAUGCUUUAAAUUUAGCAAGGAGGAUGAAGUUUCCUUUUCGGCCUUGGUUCUGGUUGUGUUGACCUCAGCAGUUGGCAUUGCAUAUUAAUCUCUCUUGCUUUGCUAAGAAAAGACAGUCAGUAAUUUGUCUCGACCAGAGAAUGAGGCGCGGAUGACACCAUCUGAUUAUUUCCUUGGGAUGUACCCCUGGAAUUUAUCUGAACAAAGCUGCAGUGCGCCGGGGGAAAACACUUUCAUACAUUGAGAUCUAGUGACUUGUCGUCGAAGUUGAAGUGUCUUAUUUUACUUCGGGGGUCUUUAAUGAGGUAAUUUGAUAGAUAAUCUAUUGUGCGACUGUUGUACUGCAUCAUACACCUAGUGAACCUGGCACAGUGCUAUAGGCGCUAGAACUUCUUAUCGAAAUUUCGUUACAGUGCUUCUG